AUGGGCAAGCUGAUCAGGCUCGAGCUGUACAAUUUCAAGUCGUACAAGGGCCAUCAUACGCUCCUCUUCGGUGAUGCCUACUUCACCUCGAUCAUCGGCCCUAAUGGCUCCGGCAAGUCCAACUCCAUGGACGCCAUCUCCUUCGUGCUCGGAAUCAAAUCCUCACACCUCAGAUCGACGAACUUGAAGGAAUUGGUCUAUCGCGGACGUGUGCUGCAGAAAUCCACCAUCAAUGGAGAGCCGCAGACGAACGGAGUGGCCAGCCACAACGAAGAAGAGCCAGGUUCUCAAGUCAAUGGCACACAGGAGCGCAAUGACCCCAAAUCCGCCUGGGUCAUGGCUGUCUAUGAGGAUGACGCUGGCCAGGAGCAACACUUCAAGCGCACAAUCACCAACCAGGGCGUCUCGGAGUAUCGCAUCAACGACAGGGUGGUGACCGCCAACGACUACAACGACUCGCUGGAGGAAGAGAACAUCCUCAUCAAGGCUCGCAACUUCCUGGUCUUCCAGGGUGAUGUCGAGGCUAUCGCCACGCAGAAACCCCAAGAUCUGACCCGCCUGAUUGAGCAAGUCUCGGGCAGCAUAGAACACAAGGCUGAAUACGACCAGCUAAAGACCGAACUAGACCAGGCCGCAGAUCAGCAGACCUUCCAACUCAAUCGCCGGAGAGGUAUCAACUCCGAAAUCCGCCAAUACCAAGAGCAGAAACGGGAGGCCGACAACUUCCAGAAGAAGGCUGCUGAACGCGAUGACGCAAUCGUCACCCACGUUCUGUGGAAACUGUACCAUCUGCAGCGACAGAUUGAAGAUGCGAGCGCAGACAUCCAGAAACAUCAGGACGAACUGAAAGAAUAUCGUCGAGGUAUCGAGAAGUACGAAAAAGGUCUCGAUGCUGCCAAGAAAGACCAUGCUUUGGCAUCAAGGAAUGUUGGAAAGGCGGAGAAGUUGAUCAAGGCCAAGGAGAAGGAGAUUGAGGACAAAACUUCUUCUCUCGUCCCCAUCGAUGAACAGAUCUCCGUGUCGACCAAGCAGCUUACCAAAUAUGCCAACCGCAUCAACAGCAUCGUCAACGAGCGCACAGCUCAGGCUGGAACCGUGGCACAACUGGAGAAAGACCUGAGCACGGUCGAGAAAGCACAAGCUCAAUGGCAAAGGGAAUGGGAACAGAACGCGACUCGCCUGGGCGGUCAGCUGAGCCCUACUGACCUCCAAGAAUACACCAGGCUCCGCGAAGAACUCAACAAGCGUGCCUCUGCCGAUUUGAGCCGCAUUGAGAGACUCAAGAACGAUCGAGCACCUAUUGAAGCCACCUACAAUAACCUCAAGAACAGCGUGGAAAGCACCGAGUAUAAGCUGAAAGUCCUUGAGAACGAGCACAACGACAUCAACGAGAGAGAGCAACAUUUCAAGGAACUCGUCCAGCAGACACAGAGUGAGAUCAACGAGAAGAAGAAAGAGUUCAACGCUGCACAGUCGAAGCGACUGCAAGCAGCUCGGACGAGAACCGAGCUUGACGAGAAGCUCGCUGAGGUGGCACGGAAACUCCUCGAGGCCGACGACGGCCGUCGCACAAGUGAGAAGGAAAUCAGAAUGAGGGAAACCAUCAACAUGCUCAAGCGCACUUAUCCUGGUGUGAAGGGCCGCGUCACUGAACUCUGCAGGCCCAAACAGAAGAAAUAUGGGGAGGCCGUUGCGACCGUCCUCGGCCGUCACACUGACGCUGUAGUCGUCGACACUGAAGCUACAGCCAAGCAAUGUAUCGAGUAUCUACGAGACCAUCGCUCGGGCCAGGCAACCUUCAUUCCGCUGGACACAAUCCAGGUCAAGGCUAUCAGCUCGAACUUGAGAGGUAUGCAUAAGGGCAUGCUUCCAGCUAUCGAGACAGUGGACUAUGACCAGUCAGUUGCGCGAGCCAUCUCAUACGCAUGUGGCAAUGCCAUUGUGUGCGACAAUCUUGACAUAGCCAAAGAGCUGUGCUACCGGCGCCACGUCGACGCGAAGGCUGUCACUCUCGAUGGCAGCGUUAUUCAUAAAGGUGGCCUGAUGACUGGCGGCCGUGGAAGGGAAAGCAACACCCGACAUACUUGGGACCAAGCUGAGAUUGAUAGGCUGAACAAGCUCAAGGACAAGUUGAUGGAAGACUUUGCUGCUUUGCCGCAGGAAAGCGCACGUCGAGCUGAGGAACAGGCCGUCCAAAACGAGAUCAGCGGUCUAGAGAAUAGACUGCGAUAUGCCAAAGAGGAAUUCGACGCUCUGAGCAAGAAUCUCAAAAGCAAGAAGCGUGAGGUCGACCAUGUCAAGCAACAGCUGGCCGAGGAGCGGCCCAAAGCAAGGCAAGAACGAAGCAAGCUGGAGAAGAUCGACGAAGAUAUUGCCGAUUACCAAGAAUCAGUGAGCAAUAUCGAAAACGAGGUCUUUGGCGACUUCUGCCAAAAACACGGGUUUGACGAUAUCCGCGAUUACGAGGCUCGUCAGGGUUCGCUCCAGCAAGAAGCCGCACAGAAGAAGCUUGAAUUUGUCACGCAAAAAGGCAGGAUUGAAGGACAACUCAGCUUCGAGAGGGCCCGGCUCCAGCAAACAGACGACCGCCUCGUGGCCCUCAGGGAUAAAGAGCAGCGCGACAGGCAGACGAUUGACGAGCUGAAUGAACGACGUGAAGGCAUCCAGAACGACUUGAAUACUCUCAAAGAGGAGCUUGACGAACUCCACGCUCAGUUGGAUGAGCAGCGAGAGCUACUCGCCGUAGCGGCUGAUAAGCUGGCCAAACAGAAGCAAGAGGUCCAGAAGCGGGCCAAGGAGAUGGAAAGCACGUUCCGGGCCAUCAGCGCUCUGGAAGGGAAUAUGCACCGUCACUCAUCUUCCCGGUACACCCUGCUCCGCCGCUGCAAGAUAGAGAACAUCGCGAUCCCCUUGACCGGAUCUUCGGCGAGUCUGGAUAGCGUCCCGAUCAACGAUCUUCCCCUCGAGGAAGCCGAUGCCAUGGAUGCUGAUGAAGACGAAGAUGAACCUACUUCCUCCGCCCUAAAGACUCACACCACCAACGACUACGGCAUCGAGGUCGACUUUGACGCCCUGGACGAAGAUCACAAGCGUCAAAAUAGCGAAGCCAUGGAAGCGCAGUUGCUGGACGAGAUUUCCAAACUCAACGCCGCGCUCGAUAAAAUGCAGCCCAAUGCGCACGCCGCGCAGCGUCUCGCCGCCGUGGAACAACGCGCCAAGGACAUGGAGCACGAAUACGAGGUCUCGCGCAACAACUACCGCGAGCUGAAGGCCCGGUUCGAAGACACGCAGGAGAAGCGCAACGAACUCUUCCACAAAGCGUUCAGCCACAUCUCCGAGCAGAUCGAGCCGAUCUACUCGAACCUGACCAAGUCGGAUGAAUUCCCCGCAGGUGGACGCGCAUAUCUCACUGCCGAUGAGGACGAGCCGUACCUAGCCGGCGUGAAUUACCACACCAUGCCGCCUACUAAGCGGUUCCGAGACAUGGAGCAUCUUAGCGGCGGCGAGAAAACCAUGGCCGCGUUGGCCCUGUUGUUUGCCAUCCACAGUUAUCAGCCCAGCCCGUUCUUUGUGCUUGACGAGGUGGAUGCUGCGUUAGAUAAUGCGAAUGUCGGCAAGUUGGUGAAUUACGUGCGGAACCAUGCUGGCCCCGGCAUGCAAUUCAUCGUGAUCAGUCUCAAGACCGGCUUCUUCCAGGGCAGUGAAGCCCUGGUCGGGGUCUAUCGGGAUCAAGGCGCAAACAGCUCCAAGGCCCUAACCCUGGAUUUGCGGCGAUAUGCAUGA